AUGAGAGACCCUUCGCCAGCUUCCGAGACUGGCCCUCCGACAUCCCAUCAACCAUCCCCCGACCCCUUACCAGAUAUCCUCCAAGCCCACAUCACGACAGUCACUUCGCUGCCAUACCCGGCGGCAGUGUUAUGGGGAGAGGACCAUGCCAUAUUCUACAAUGCCGCCUGGGAAGCUGCGGGCGGCAUUCCAGGACAGGGACAGGGACAUCCAUCGCGGGGCUCGCUCUCCAACGACACCAAGACCACCCUGAGAUCGGUCUAUCAGCAAGGCCUGCCCAAGGAAAUCAGCACCAGAGACCUACUGCGCACCAAGUCCUCAGGCAGUACAUCCGAUCAGACCACCACAGCGAUUGCCAGCCCACUGCGCCAGCCCGAUGAGUCCCAGGUGCGAGGUAUCCUGCUCCAACUGCUACCGAAGCAGAUGCCGUCCCAGUCGAUGCAGAUCGACCAUGUGGGCGCCGACGCUGCCGAAGAUAGCAAGAUACCUAUCGAUGAGCAUCCCUUCUUUCGCAGCUUUGCCGAGAUGCUUCCCAGUGGCCUCGCAAUCCUGGACCGAGAUGCCAACGCCGUCUUCGUCAAUCAGAACUUCUACAACCUGACCACCCUCCGCGCGGAGGAUAAACAAUUCACCUCGUGGCCGCAGUCAAUACAUUCGGAUGACUAUGACAGAGUCAUGAGUGCGUACCAGGAUGCUUUUUCGCAACAGCGCCAGCUACGUACAGAAUUCAGGGCUAAGGGCGAACCGUACCCGUGGCGGCUGCUGCUUCUUACGCCGCUUGGUGAUGAGAACUUGCAGCACGUGAGUUUGCGCGAGUACGGCGGUUUCAUCUGCUGUAUCGUCGACAUCUCUUCGGAGAAGAGCGCCGAGCUAGCGGAACGUAAGGCGGCCAAGCAAGCUCGGGAGCGCAAGGAACAACAGGAGAGAUUCAUCGACAUGAUUAGCCACGAGAUCCGGAAUCCGUUGUCUGCAGUCUUGCAUUGCUCAGAAGACAUCAGCGAAGCCGUGCAGGGAAAAGACCAAGGCCGAAUCGACGUCGAACUCAUCCAGGAGGCCGUGGAGACCAUCAAUCUGUGUGUCACGCACCAGAAGAACAUUGUCGAUGAUGUGCUCUCGUUCUCGAAAUUAGACGCCUCGCUCCUAUCGCUUGUUCCGAAGCCAUCUCAACCCGCUCGCCAGCUGCAAAACACUCUGAGGAUGUUUCAGCAUGAAUUCAGGAAGCAGAAUCUGGAUUUCGCGUUCCGAGUAGACGAGGCAUACUCCGCGUGCAACCUGAACUGGGUCAUGGCGGAUAUCGCCAGAAUUUCUCAAGUCUUGAUCAACCUGAUUACCAACGCGAUCAAGUUCACCCACACGGUCAAAGGAGAGAGACUGGUACAUGUCUCGGUGUCGGCAAGCAACGAAAGGCCAGAUUCAUAUCCGCCCAACAUAGUAUUCUUCCAGACAGACAACUACAACAUGGAUGCAACCAGCACCCAAGAAUGGGGUGAAGGUGAGGUGCUUUACGUCAUGGUAGCCGUCAAGGAUUCUGGCAUCGGUAUCAGCCAGGAAGGCCAGAAACGUUUGUUUGAGCGAUUCCAACAGGCUACUCCCAAGACAGAGGAGCAGUAUGGCGGCUCUGGCCUCGGUCUUAAUAUCAGCCGCAAGAUUUGCCAGCUCCAUGGCGGAGAGAUUGGCGUCAGCUCCACCGAGAAGGAAGGGUCAACUUUCGGCUUCUUCUUCAAGGUCCGCAGAUCGGAGGUGCCUUCGGACUUUCAAGCAGAGAACGAAGAGGAGAAAGAGGGCCAAGCGCAAUUGCGCGGGAAAAUUCAAGGACUUGGUAAACAACGUCCCGGCGAUCUCAACUCGCAAGAGCCCUUCGAGUGGGACUCUCAUCAAGGCGAGCACGCUGCGCUUGAGGAAGCCAGGCCAGAAGACUUUGAAAAGGUAUGUGUCUGUUUCAUCUCAUGCUCAUUUUGGCUGACGUUUUACAGCCUGAGGCCAACAUCGAGACCAAGGUGCAAGACCAGCAAACCACGACUUCGAUGCGAGAAAGGCCCAAGAAAGACCCAGCGUCGGCGGAAAUUCCUGAGGGAAUCAAGUCGCAAGAUGACCAGGCUGGCGAAGAGCAGAAGACAGAAGACCCAAAGGAGGAGGCCCCUCGCGCACACGUUCUCCUGGUCGAAGACAACCAGAUCAAUCAGCGCAUCGUACAUCGGAAACUCACCUCCAAGGGCUUCAAGGUUACCACGGCAAACAAUGGACAAGAAGCCGUGGACAAGGUACAGAAUGCACCAAAGCAUUCCAGCGGAGCAGAAGGCGCAUUCGACGUCAUACUCAUGGACCAGGAGAUGCCUGUGCUAGACGGCAACGGCGCAACGAGAAAGAUCCGCGAGUUUGAGAAAGAAGAAAAGCUGGACCACAUACCCAUCUUGGGCGUUACAGCGAAUGUCCGCGGCGCACAGCAAGAUGAAAUGCUGGCUGCCGGCAUGGACGACGUGAUAUCGAAGCCAUACAAGAUCGAGGAUAUGGUAAGUCAGCUUUUGGCUUUGGCGGAUUGAUUUUUUGUUGGAAAGAGUGUACCUUACAAAUCGUUUUUCUUGCUAGGUGGCCAAAAUCAUCAGUAACACUCGAGAGCGGGAGAAGUCGUGA